GGCCUCUAAGCAGUACUCAUACGGAGUAUCAUGGAUCUAGUCUUCGAGCACCUUCCACUAAUUCGGGUCUACAAAAACGGCGAAGUCGAAAGGCUCCUGGGAACCGAAACCGCUCCCGCCGGCAUCGAUCCCCACUCCGGCGUUUCCUCCAAAGACAUCCCGAACAUCCUCCCCUCUUCUCCCGAAGUAUAUGUCAGACUCUAUCUCCCAAAACUCGCCGCCGGCAGCGCCGACAAACUCCCCCUCCUCGUCUAUUUCCACGGCGGCGGUUUCUUCGUGUCCUCUCCCGCCUCUGUCUACUAUCACAACUACAUCAACGCCUUGGUUUCCAGAUCAAAGGUUAUGGCGGUUUCCGUGCACUACAGAAGGCCGCCGGAGCACCCUUUACCCGUCGCGUAUCACGAUUCCUGGGCGGCGCUCCGCUGGGUUGCUUCUCAUCGAGCCUGUGAAGGUCCGGAGAUCUGGUUGAACAGACACGCGGACUUCCGGCGCGUUUUCAUCGCCGGCGAUAGCGCCGGCGCCAACAUAGCUCACAAUCUUGCCAUGAUGGCCGGAAGUGAUGAGGAAUCCGGGUUGGGCGUUGAUAUCGUCGGAGUCGCGUUGGUUCACCCGUUCUUCUGGGGGUCGGACCCUACCGGGUCGGAAAAGGACGACCCGGAGAAGAAGGCUAAGUUGGAUAAGUUUUGGCCGUUCGUUUGUCCGUCGAACCCGAGCAAUGAUCACAAGUGGGUCAACCCGGUUGGUGAAGGUGCUCCAAGCUUGGCAGGUUUGGGCUGCAAGAGGGUGUUGGUCGGUGUGGCUGAGAAGGAUAUAUUGAAGGAUAGAGGGCUACUUUAUUACGAGGCUUUGGGUCGGAGCGGGUGGGCCGGAACGGCAGAGACCCACGAGAGUGAAGGAAAGGACCAUGGGUUUCAUUUGCAUGACAUGCAGUCCGAUGAGGCCCAAUAUUUGAGCAGCAAAUUGGCCCAUUUCUUUAACCAGGAUUGAAUACCUGUAUGGCUGUAUUCCGGGUUUUAAUGUUUUACGGGUUUUGUAUAUCAGCAAUUUGGCAUGUCUAUAAUUAUCAUAUGUAAUUGCACUCUCUAUUAAAUACCCAAAUUAUUUUGCAAAGUCAACAUUUUUUGUCAUCCAAUAAUAAAAGUCAACCCACCAUAUUGAUAAUUAACUCAAUUUUUAGUAAUUAAAAUUUACUUAUUCAGAAACUACAUUAAAAUAUAUUCAAAGUUGCAAACUCCAAAUUAGAAUAUAGUUAAAAAUUAAUAUCCUAAUUAAACAAAUAAAAUGAAACUGUUUGACCAAGAAAAGUCAAAUUUGCAAAUCAAUUUGGGACGGAGGUAGUAGAUUAUUAUAAUUAUUUAAAUUUAAUAGCAUCAAAUUAUUUACAUAGAUUAAUCUGGUUUUGAUAGGCAAAUACUUCAUUUUUCGUUUCAAAAAACAGGUUGAUAAAUUAAGCAGCUAGUUCGAUCUUGCAUUGUUGAUAAAUUGGCAAGCUAGUUUGAUCUUGCAUUUUUUAGUCUAGGAAAGACGUCCAGUGUAAUGCUGUUGAGUACUUAAUCUCUUUCUUCUCUACAUACUUCAAGCAUUAUUUGUCAUUGCAUAAUAGAAGCAUUAAGAGAAGCAUUUUGUCAUUGCUAACUGCAAGUUUUACUAGUAUCAAGUUUGCAAAUGUGGAGAUGAUCUUGUCAUUGCUAACGGCUAGUUUUACUAGGAUCCGGAUUCUCUGCCGUGCCUUGCAGCAUCCGAUGGCAGGGCAGCUAUGAGUAGGGUCUCGGGAUGGGAGAAAGAAUGGGCCCCAAGAUCUUGCACCGUUGAUUUUUUGAUCGGAUUGUCCGAACAGAUCAAGGCACCCUACUUUGCUUAAAGCAAGUCAGAGGCUCCAGAUCCGUUUUACUAGUAUCAAGUUUGCAAAUGUGAGGCGAUCAACGAACGGUACGGAUUUAACAAAGUUUGUUGAUUCUAUGUCUAGUUUGUUUAGCCUUGAAAAUGAGCAAAAACAUACGAUGAGAGUGGAUCACCCGGGCACCUAGAGUCGGUUCAGACCCGGAUAUAAACGGAUCAGAUUUAGGCUUCUCUAACCAAUGAGGCAAUGAUCGGGAACGACCAAUCGGGGACUGGACUGUCCGGGACUGAGUUCCAUCUCGGUUUGGUUUAAUUGAGUCGUAC